GAGGCUGAAGAACCCCGACGCCUGAGAACUGCGAAAACUCUAGUUCCACUACCAAUCUAACAGCAAUGGAGCUUGCAGAUGAAGGUGUCGACAGAAUGGUUGAUUCAAAGGAUAUGCAGCAACAGAGCAAAGCUCUCGACAAGCUCACUGACCACGUCGAAGAUCGUCAACUCGAUUCCACGAGGGUCCAAGAGGCUAUGGCAUCCAUUGCUGCGUCUGCUGAAGCUGAUUGGAAUGCAAUGAGAAUGAGGGAGAAGGAAUUGGCUGCUGUUAAAAUCAAUGCUGCAGAGGUAGACAUUAUUGCGAAUGAGCUAGAGUUGGACAAGAAGGUGGCUGAGAGAACAUUGCGGGAGCACAAAGGUGAUGCUGUUGCUGCCAUCCGUUACCUUCUACGCUAAGAAGCUAGCAGUCAAAGAUCCCUGUGAAUUGUUUUUAAUCCCGAGUGGUAUUGGUCAUGAAUUAUAGAGAUUGAUUUGACACAAAGUUUGAAAUUU